UCCGUGCGUCCGGCCGCCGAGCGCUCAGUCUCGCUAGCACCUUCCUUCGCCGCCGCCGCCGCCCGAACCGGCGCGGCCUGAGCGCGGGACGAGCCUGGGGACCCGCGGCCUCCGGCGCCUUCACGCCGUCUCGGAGUGGAUAAUGCUGUGAGGCGGCGCCGCGCCGGCCGACCCAGCUGGAUCUGCUCGUCGCGGGCAGGGACUGCGUGCGCCCUCGGGAGGCGUCGGUGCGGGGCGCCCGGCCCCGGGGGCUGCGAGCGGCCGGGAUCCUCGGGCUGCUGGCUGGAAGAAUUGGACCUGGAGAUAGAGGAUGCAUAUAGGAGAAGUUAGCCCUGGUCCCGUUGACGGAAGGAAUUAUCCUCUGAUCAAGCUGGAGGCAGGUUUCUCCGUGUUGCGGAAGGGAUUGGAUGAUGUAACUGGCUUUUCAGAAAGCUGCACUUGGCUGUAACCCCAGGAGGGUUUCUUAGACCCCCUCUCAUUUCAGAGCCACUUCUGAAGCUACUUGAGAAAAAUGAUGUGACAAUUCCUAUCAGAAACGAUUUUCAGAAACAUAGAACACCUGUGAAGAAAGUGGCCCUUUUUCCCUUUUGCAAAAUAGACAUUCUCAAAUUCCAAAAUGCCAGCCAAGACCCCCAUUUACCUGAAAGCUGCCAAUAACAAGAAAGGAAAGAAAUUUAAACUGAGGGACAUCUUGUCUCCUGAUAUGAUCAGUCCUCCCCUUGGAGAUUUUCGCCACACCAUCCACAUUGGCAAAGAGGGCCAGCACGAUGUCUUUGGGGAUAUUUCCUUUCUUCAAGGGAACUAUGAGCUUUUACCUGGGAACCAGGAGAAAGCACGCAUGGGCCAGUUCCCUGGGCACAGCGAGUUCUUACGGGCCAACAGCACCUCCGACUCCAUGUUCACAGAAACGCCUUCUCCUGUGCUCAAAAACGCCAUCUCCCUCCCGACCAUUGGAGGGUCCCAAGCACUCAUGUUGCCCUUAUUGUCACCAGUGACAUUUAAUUCCAAACAGGAGUCCUUUGGGCCUGCAAAGCUGCCCAGGCUUAGCUGUGAGCCUGUCAUGGAGGAAAAGGCUCCGGAGAAAAGCAGUCUGUUGGAGAAUGGGACCGCCCACCAGGGAGACGUCUCCUGGGGCUCCAGCGGGUCCGCCUCGCAGUCCAGCCAGGGCAGGGACAGCCACUCCUCCAGCCUCUCCGAACAGUAUUCCGACUGGCCGGCCGAGGACAUGUUUGACCAUCCUGCCCCAUGUGAGCUCAUCAAGGAAAAGACUAAAUCAGAGGAGUCACUCUCGGAUCUUACAGGUUCCCUCCUCUCCCUGCAGCUCGAUCUUGGGCCCUCAUUUUUGGAUGAGGUGCUGAACGUCAUGGAUAAAAAUAAGUAACAGGACGCCGCCAGGUAUUUUCCUCUGGGGUCAAAAGUAUCAAAAAAAAAAAAAAAAAACCACGGUUGAAGAGAAGAGCUUCACUGGCUUCAUUUGCAGUUGUGUGAUGGGUUUUCUAAAAUAACGUUCCUACAAAAUAUUUUUUUACCUGUUAUGCCGUGUUUGCAAAAACAGUUUGAAAAAAAAACCUGUCCUGGCAAAAAGAGGAAGUGAGUCAGUCAGAAGCCAUUUUCGGCGGGCAUUGCUGAUGUCCAGCUCACAUUUUGUUUCCAGACACGUAGGAAAUCUGGCUGGGCCAGGAUUGGCACUAGCUGCGAAGGGCCUCAAGAGUCACAUUCGGCAACUUUACUCUGCAUUUUCUGAGCAAGAAAAAGUCAAAUUUAUUUAACACUUAAGCCUUUUUCUAGACUCUUUUCUAUAUUAUAUUGUUUGGGCUCACCAUAGCAAAUUCUUCAGUGUUAAAACUUCUCUCUGUUUUCACAUUUGAACAACUUUAUGGGUUUUGGGGAUUUUCUUGUAGCUCUUAUAUUACUCUAUAUUACUGUAUAUCUAUAUGGCAAAAUUUUGACUGUCAGCUACAUGUUGGUAAGACACAAGCAAAGUAUUACUGUAACUAAGUUAUUUUUAAAGUUAAAAUAUAUUUUUAAUGUGCCUUUGGCUUUUUAUUGCAGAGUCUACAUUUUAUAGAUGUUACAUCCAAUGUUGCCAUUUGACUUGUUUCCAUUGGGGUUGCAUUGUAAGCUGUGUAUAUGUAUGUUUGGAAAAGUGUAUUCAUAUGUAGCUAUAUUAUGUUUUUCUUCAUCUGUUACCAUACUUUUCACAGCAGCCAACAAUGGAUUGUAAAGUGUAAAGGCACAGAUUACCCAUGAUGCUUCUGCAGAGACCACAUAAUGUUACUUGGAAAUGUGGGUAUUUUAGUACAGUACAUACUUGCAUUACAUAGGUACUUCAUACAACACAAUAAAGAGUAAAUGUUAAAACGAA